UUCGUGCGGCAGGCACGCUGGCAGACGGUCACAGAAACGAGGAGCGACGAAGCGGGCAGACGGCCAGCAGCUGUGAUGUAAGGCAAUAAACCUUGUUUCUUUUGUUCAACUGCUGUGUCAGUGUUCUUCGGGGUUACGGCGGGGUCGAAUACGGAACCACCCCGGGUUUGUGGGCCGAGGUUCCCACAAAAUUGGCGCCCAACGUUGGUGUUUUCGACCCGUCGUACCGUUUUCCCCGGAGGGCACGGCAUAGUUGCAGUUAGUGUGCAUUUUUGUUUGUUUUUUUUCGUUCUGCCGGCGUCUGCGUUGCAACGCAGGUUCUUCGACCGGAGAUGCCUCCCAGGAAGAAGCACGAACCAGACAGUGACGAGGACGAGCCUGCGCCAGUGGCUGAGGACUUGCUUCGACAGAUGGCAUCCCUCUGUACGUUACUAACGCAGCAGCUGGGUAGCAGCACGCCCGCCGCCCAGCCGUCCCCGGACACGCAGCUGCGCCUGAACUUGCCGGUACCGACAUUUUCGGGCUACAGCGACUCCAAGUCUGCUGAAGAUUUCCUCGCCGACUUGAGUGCUUACCAAACUGCCGUUGGAGCCACCGACGACGUCAUUCUGCGUCGAGUACUUCCCGCAGCGCUGUGGCCUUGGUCCCGCUUGCGUGCCGAUUGCAAGAUGACAUCUGCAACAUUGGACCUUUCAUCGUGGUGCGCGUUCUGGGAAAAGACGUUGCAGGUUUGGUGGACACCGGAGCAGCUGUUUCCCUGAUCGGCGACACCAUCCACGACUGGUGCCGGGAGCGGAACAUCUCGGUACGGACGACCAGGACUCGCCUAAGGCUCGCCUCUGAUGCGGUUGUACCUGCCGGUGGCGCGGUGCGCCUUACCUUGACUGUCGAUGGACAUCGGGUAAGACAACGCUUUGUUUACCUUCCUGGGCUGGCAGGAGCAAUGAUCCUGGGACGCGACUUCAUUAUCCGGAUGGGACUUGUCCUGGACUUGCGUCGCGGAGGUUACCAGCAUGCAUGCAGCAGUGCCUUCUACCCAUUCCUGGAGUGGACAACCCCUGGAGCGGACCAACGCCCGACUGGCGAGAGAGCCCAGGACGACUGCUCAAAGCGAAACCGGGAACCGACUGGCAACAGCGAUGAACCUAAGCAGCAAGCCGCUGGAGUACUUCGCGGCACUGGACCAUCACUGCCCGUUGGAGAGCAUCACGGAACGGGAUACCAAACGCCUGUAGUUGCAACUGCUGCCUUGCAUGAGGGUCUGCAAGGGUUUUCUGGAACCUCAGAGCAACGAGAAAUGCUGGAGCAAGCAUUGCUACCCUUUUCCCGGAUGUUUACGGAAAAACCAGGUUUGACCGAAGUCUUGGAACACGGCAUAGACACCGGCGACGCAAGGCCUUGGAGAUGC